CAAAACGGUGAUAUUGUGCUGCGAAAUUGUGCAGCAGGUCAAGGCGCAAAAGGUGUUGCGCGGGGCUGCACCAAAGAUCGAGGGUUCCGCCGAGCGGAACAAACAAACGGCGAGGCGAACAGCGCCACGCGGAGCAACGCGAAUCAAAGGAGUGGUUUUAAGUAUCUAGCGGUGGCGUUUCAAGUCCGCGCGACUUUGGAUAAUCGAUCGGGCAUCGGGUCACCGCGCCGAGUGGCGUCACGACGCUCGGAGUGGCACGCGCGUACAACACGCUCGAUCGCAUUGUGUAUAUAAAAAACGUUUCCUCGCAGAACCCAGUAUGGCCGUAGGACCUCAGCUGUUUUCACGCUUCUGCUUACGUAUCUGAGGCGAGAACGGGAACAAAAUUAUCGGCACACCGCUGCCGAUUUUAAUCCGACGCUGAGUUAAAAGAAAAUCCAGAAAACGAUGUCGUCGGUUAAGGUGGCGGUGAGGGUACGACCCUUCAAUCAUCGCGAAGUCAGUCGUCAGGCACAAUGUAUCAUAGAAAUGAACGGGAGUACCACUUCCAUAGUGAAUCCUAAAGCCACACCAGGAAGCAAAGAUGCUGUCAAAAGCUUCAAUUACGACUAUUCCUACUUUUCUAUGGACCCAAAUGAUGAGAAUUACUCGACUCAACUUAUGGUUUACAAGGAUAUCGGUGAAGAAAUGUUGGUACAUGCUUUCGAAGGUUAUAACGUGUGCAUUUUUGCAUACGGCCAAACUGGCGCCGGUAAAUCCUACACCAUGAUGGGUAAACAGGAAGAGGGCCAGGAGGGAAUAAUACCACAAAUCUGUAAGGAUUUGUUUAGGAAAAUUAGCUACACGUCUAACGAGCGACUCAAGUAUUCGGUGGAAGUGAGUUACAUGGAAAUCUAUUGCGAGAGGGUGCGCGAUUUGUUGAAUCCGAAAAACAGGGGAAAUCUUCGGGUGAGAGAGCAUCCUCUCUACGGACCUUACGUCGAAGAUCUGUCCAAGUUGGCGGUGUUGUCGUACGAAGACAUUCAUGAUCUCAUAGACGAAGGUAACAAAGCCAGAACUGUCGCAGCGACCAACAUGAACGAAACGUCGAGCAGAUCGCACGCGGUCUUCACGAUAUUCUUCACGCAGCAGCAACACGACAGCGCUACCGGAUUGAUGACGGAAAAAGUUAGCAAAAUAUCGCUGGUCGAUCUGGCUGGAUCUGAGAGAGCCGAUUCGACAGGCGCGAAAGGAACGCGAUUAAAGGAAGGAGCUAAUAUUAAUAAAAGUCUGACAACUCUCGGGAAAGUUAUCAGCGCUCUGGCUGAAAUUGCAGCAACAAAGAAAAAGAAGAAAGCCGAUUUCAUACCGUAUAGAGAUUCCGUUCUGACGUGGUUGCUGCGAGAAAAUUUGGGAGGAAACUCCAAAACGGCCAUGAUCGCAGCUGUCAGCCCUGCCGACAUCAAUUACGACGAAACACUCUCGACUUUACGAUAUGCAGACCGAGCGAAGCAAAUCGUUUGCAAGGCUGUGGUCAACGAAGACGCCAAUGCCAGACUUAUCAGAGAGCUCAAAGAAGAGAUACAGAAACUACGGGAACUACUGAAGCAAGAAGGCAUCGAUGUGCAAGAAGGGCCAGAUGGUAAAAUUACAUACGAAAAGAAAGAACCUAGAGACGAAAUAAUCAGAACAAACAAGCGAAACGAGGAAGACACCAAGGAAAGUCGGGCAAGAAUUUCUUCGCACACCACAUCCACUAUCGCCGAAGAGGCGGUCGAUCAGUUGCAAGCGUCUGAGAAAUUAAUCGCAGAACUGAACGAAACGUGGGAAGAGAAGCUGAAACGAACCGAGUCGAUUCGCCUGCAGCGCGAAGCGGUGUUCGCCGAAAUGGGAGUCGCCGUGAAAGAGGAUGGCGUCACCGUGGGCGUCUUUUCUCCGAAAAAGACGCCGCACCUGGUGAAUCUGAACGAGGAUCCUCUCAUGUCCGAAUGUUUGAUCUAUUACAUCAAGGACGGUUUCACGCGGAUCGGUAGCGCCGAAGCGAACAUACCUCAAGACGUUCAGCUGUGCGGGCCACAUAUACUCAGCGAGCACUGCGUGUUCGAGAACCGAGACGGUAUUAUAACUCUGAUACCGAAGAAAGGAGCUUUGAUUUACGUUAACGGUCGCGAAGUGACCGAACCGCUUAUUCUGACGACUGGUUCGCGCGUAAUUUUGGGAAAAAGUCACGUUUUCCGAUUCAAUCAUCCGGAUCAAGUACGUGAACGAAUAGCGAACGGAUCCCCGGCGGAAACUCCCGGCAACAACGAACCAUUAGCUGAUUGGGACUUCGCGCAGGUUGAGUUGUUGGAAAAGCAAGGUAUAGAUCUAAAGGUUGAGAUGGAAAAGCGAUUGCUCGUGCUGGAGGAACAGUUUCGUAAAGAGAAAGAAGAAGCUGAUCAGCUGUUCGAGGAGCAGCGAAAGAGCUACGAAGCGCGAAUAGACGCGUUGCAGAGACAGGUGGAGGAACAGAGUAUGACGAUGUCUAUGUACAGCAGUUACACGCCGGAAGACUUCAAUAAUAUCGAGGAAGAUAUUUUUGUCAACCCAUUGUUUGACGCAGAGAGCAACUGGACCGAGAGAGAGUUUCAACUGGCCGCUUGGGCCUUCCGCAAGUGGAAAUAUCAUCAAUUCACGAGUUUACGGGAUGAUCUUUGGGGCAACGCGAUAUUCCUCAAAGAGGCUAAUGCUAUAUCCGUUGAACUAAAAAAGAAGGUCCAAUUUCAAUUUACUUUACUUACCGAUACCCUUUACUCACCACUACCACCGGAUCUCUUACCCGCUAUGGACGAUGAAGAGGAAGAUGACAGACCGUUUCCACGCACAAUCGUCGCCGUCGAGGUGCAAGACACGAAAAACGGUGCCACGCAUUAUUGGACAUUAGACAAGCUAAGACAACGGCUGGAAUUGAUGCGCGAGAUGUAUCACAACGAAGCCGAGUUGUCGCCGACAUCUCCGGACUUCAACAUCGAAUCUAUUACAGGCGGCGAUCCGUUUUACGACAGAUUUCCGUGGUUCCGCAUGGUUGGCAGAGCUUUCGUGUAUCUGAGCAAUCUCAUGUAUCCAGUGCCGUUAAUUCACAAAGUAGCGAUUGUAAAUGAGAAGGGUGACGUUAAGGGUUAUUUGCGAGUCGCUGUUCAAGCUGUAGUUGAAGAGGAAAACAGCGAAUAUUCAAGCGGCGUCAGACAAUCAGCACGAAUCUCUUUCGAGGACGACUUGUUCGGCGGUUAUAAGCACAACAAGCGCAGCUCGCUUCUGGCUCAAACUCUGGAGAAAAAUCGGCAGAUGAUACUGCACGAGGAGCGCGUGGUCGAGGGACACAACGACGUGAAUCAGAAAGACAUCAAGGACGAGGACGAUAUAGGAGAUGCCGAUAGCGGCCGAGGUGACAGCUCGGUCUCGAGCGACAUGAAAGAGGAAGAGUUGCCGGAUCAUCUGCAACCCGGUGCGGAAUUUACUUUCAGGGUAACGGUUCUUCAGGCUAUGGGCAUCUCCACCGAAUACGCUGAUAUUUUCUGCCAGUUCAAUUUUCUACAUCGACAUGACGAAGCUUUCUCAACAGAACCGGUAAAGAAUACAGGCAAAGGCAAUCCACCUGGAUUUUAUCACGUACAAAAUAUUACGGUAACAGUUACCAAGUCAUUCCUGGAGUACUUGAAGACGCAACCUAUAGUUUUUGAAGUGUUCGGUCAUUAUCAACAGCAUCCGCUGCACAAGGAUGCGAAAUUGGAAUACAGCGUGCGGCAACCGCCGAAGAGGAUGCUUCCGCCAUCCAUACCGAUCAGCCAGCCGGUACGUUCGCCGAAAUUCGGAAGCGUCCUUCCGUCGCCGAGUACGUCCCACGUUCACGCCAAAUACGACGUGCUGGUCUGGUUCGAGAUUUGCGAACUGGCACCGAACGGCGAGUACGUGCCGUCAGUGGUAGAUCACAGCGACGAUCUGCCAUGCCGCGGACUGUUCCUACUUCAUCAGGGUAUACAGCGACGUAUACGAAUCACCAUCGUACAUGAGCCGGCUUCCGAGUUGAGAUGGAAGGACGUGCGCGAGCUCGUGGUCGGCCGCAUUCGGAACACUCCGGAACCCGAGGAGGAGGACAAUGACUCGUCGGUACUUUCGUUAGGUCUUUUCCCGGGUGAGUACCUCGAAGUUCCCGGCGACGAUCGGACCAUGUUCAGAUUCGAGGCGGCCUGGGACAGCUCUCUGCACAACUCGGCCUUGCUCAAUCGGGUCACGUCGUACGGCGAGCAGAUCUUCAUGACCAUUUCCGCGUAUCUCGAGCUGGAGAAUUGCGGAAGACCCGCAAUUAUUACGAAAGAUCUAAGUAUGAUAAUUUAUGGAAGGGACGCGAGAGUCGGGCCACGCUCGUUCAAACAUCUGUUCAGCGGCAGUUAUCGCAACCAGGAGGCAAAUCGACUCAGCGGUGUCUACGAAUUAGUGCUUCGCCGUUCUUCGGAAGCAGGUAGCCCAGGAGUUCAAAGACGUCAACGUCGCGUCUUAGACACGAGUUCGACAUACGUCAGAGGCGAGGAAAAUCUACACGGAUGGAGACCACGCGGUGACAGUUUGAUAUUUGAUCAUCAAUGGGAGCUCGAGAAAUUGACGAGACUCGAAGAGGUGGAGAGAGUACGACACACGUUGCUAUUGAGGGAAAAGCUUGGUAUCGACAAAGUACCGUUCUGCAAUAAGCCGUUUUACGAUUUUACAAAAACCGAAAAGGAUGUGUGUAACAUGGUGGCGAAAGCCACGAACGAGCCACAUGCCAGUCCGGUGAAGCUGAAACGCUCGACCAGCAAAGACGUUUACGAACCCUGGGAAAUGACCGAGAGAGAGCGCGAAUUGGCGACCAAGUACAUUAAGCUUAUUCAAGGACGAAUACCGAGUAAAGAACCGAUAUUGCUUUCCGACGUCUCGCCCGGUGAAGACACCAUAACCGAUUUGUCCGCGUCUAUGAUGUCCUCGGUUAUAUCGUCCUCAUCUCAAGAGUUGAGCUCGCCGGAGAGGGCUAGACUUCAAGAACUCCAGGAGAGCAUACUGGCGAGCGAGUCGGCGAAUCAGAGCUGCUCUGUCGCGCCACCGCCGCUCGGAUCGUCCUCACCGUCGAAAGAGAACCUGGUGCUUUACGUGCCGGAAGUCGAGGAAAUACGCAUCAGUCCGGUGAUCGCUCGGAAAGGUUACUUGAACGUUCUCGAACACAAAACCAACGGCUGGAAGAAGCGCUGGGUGGCCGUUCGCCGACCGUACGUUCUUAUUUUCCGAGAAGAAAAAGACCCCGUUGAAAGGGCACUUAUCAAUUUGGCCACAGCUCAAGUUGAGUAUUCCGAAGAUCAGCUAGCCAUGGUGAAAGUGCCGAAUACAUUCAGCGUGGUCACUAAGCACCGAGGAUAUUUACUGCAAACUUUAGGCGACAAAGAGGUCUACGAUUGGCUGUACGCGAUCAAUCCUCUUUUAGCUGGUCAAAUCAGGUCGAAACUUGCGCGCAAAAGUCCGGCCACGUCAAAUCUGAACAACAGCACGACGGUUUCUCUGACACCGCCGUUAGAACAACAGAACAAUCAGACCAAGUGAGUGGCUGACACUGUGGCCGGGGUAACGAGUGCAAUAGCGACGGCGUCUGAGAAAAUGCUGAGUUGGCCACACUCGGCCUUACAGUCUCAACACUUGUGUAACUUUCGAUUCCCGGUAGUCUUUGAUUGACCGAACGGAGGCGAAGUUAUCAUUCCAAUAUUAAAUUACGAUCGAUUACAUGUAAUAUCAAUGUUUUACUUAACACACAUACACACAAACAUACACACACACACAUACACACAGUGUUUCUCCCUUGGCGCGUUAUAAAAGACAGCCCGGGGUGUGAGCUAAAGAGAAGAAAGAGGAAUGGUGCUUGUCUUUUGAAGAAGUUAUAAAUGCAUUCGUUAUAUAUUUAUUACAUUGAGAAAAAAUCUUUCGGUUCACGCGUCUCUCCCGUACAUUUCAAGCGCGCACUUGAAAUGUGAAUCACGUUGACGAGACGAAAAAAAAAUCGUUCUGCAAAACGCAGAAUGAUUUUGUUUCUUUUUGAAUUUCCGUAUGACGCGUUGAUGUAAUUUAGUGAAUAUAGCUGUUAUAUACAUGCGAAAAAGAUGCAUUUAUGCCUAAUAAAAACGUAUUCCUAAGACGAUCACUGAAAACCUUGGGGAGGCGAGGAAUGCACAGUAGAUACGUAUGUAGAAGUGUACGGGAAAACGCGAGAAAGAGAGGGAGAGAAAGAGAAGUAAAAUAAAGAGAGUGAAAGAGAACACGAGAGAGAUAAAGAAAAAAAUACACACACGCAAGCAAGGCAGCACUUCAACAAAUUAUGUAAGAGAUUUAUAACGAUUAUAAGAUUCGUAUCGAUACGAAGCUAUCAGGAAAAACUGGAAACGCUUCGUAUUUUGCGGUGUACGCAAAAAUAAAAUAGAUAAAAUUACGCUAAUCCUUACGAAUAUAUAUAUAUAUAUAUAUAUAUAUAUAUAGACGUCACAUUGUGACGUGAUAUAUUUCAUUCGCAUUGAAUGCGAUAAAACUCCCGAUCUCAAAUCUCAGUUUGUUUCAUUUCUCAUUAUUGAACAUCCAUAUGUGUUAUCGAUGACAUAACUUUUUUAUUUGCAUUAUAAACUCUUCUUGCUUUCCACACAUAUGUAACUCACAUAGAAUUCCGAUGAAUUGUGAAAAUGAAUUGCACCAACAAAGCGAUAUAUAAAUCCAAUUUUUAUGGAUUAUUAUAUUAAAGUACUAUAUCUAUUAAAAUUAAUAUUCAUGGUUAUCUAUGUCUGGCAACCUCAACAGUUGAUUCUUUACUAUACAUGAACAGUUUUCAAGUUCGCUCUUUUGAAUCUUCAUUGAGGUGGUUGUCGAUUUCAUACAUCUUGAGAUAUAUAUAUAUAUAUGUA